AUGGAGCCCUCACAGCCGCAGGGACCAGGACGAGCUGAGAUGGAGCCCUCACAGCCGCAGGGACCAGGACGAGCUGAGAUGGAGCCCCCACAGCCGCAGGGACCAGGACGAGCUGAGAUGGAGCCCUCACAGCCGCAGGGACCAGGACAAGCUGAGAUGGAGCCCUCACAGCCGCAGGGACCAGGAGAGGCUGAGAUGGAGCCCUCACAGCCACAGGGACCAGGACGAGCUGAGAUGGAGCCCUCACAGCCGCAGGGACCAGGACGAGCUGAAAUGGAGCCCUCACAGCCGCAGGGACCAGGACGAGCUGAGAUGGAGCCCUCACAGCCGCAGGGACCAGGACGAGCUGAGAUGGAGCCCUCACAGCCGCAGGGACCAGGACGAGCUGAGAAGGAGCCCUCACAGCCGCAGGGACCAGGACGAGCUGAGAUGGAGCCCUCACAGCCGCAGGGACCAGGACGAGCUGAGAUGGAGCCCUCACAGCCGCAGGGACCAGGACGAGCUGAGAUGGAGCCCUCACAGCCGCAGGGACCAGGACGAGCUGAGAUGGAGCCCUCACAGCCACAGGGACCAGGACGAGCUGAGAUGGAGCCCUCACAGCCGCAGGGACCAGGACGAGCUGAGAUGGAGCCCUCUCCGCCGCAGGGACCAGGACGAGCUGAGAUGGAGCCCUCACAGCCGCAGGGACCAAGACGAGCUGAGAUGGAGCCCUCACAGCCGCAGGGACCAGGACGAGCUGAGAUGGAGCCCUCACAGCCGCAGACACAGGACACAGGUCUAAUAAAGCAGCCGACCACACAGCGCUCACACCUGGUCCUCAGGAGCAUCUCUCAGCGGCGCCUGGCUCCUCUGGUCCACUCCUUCUGGGACACGAUGGAGACCGCAGACCUCUCUCAGCGCGAGGCCCGAGCCAGGGUGGCUCAGCUGUUCCUGGACAUCGUGACCACGGCCUGUCAGGAGGUCCUGGUGGUCUUCAAGGACUUUGUGUCCGGCUCAAGUCCAGCAGAAGCUCCUGCAGUGACGCAGAGCAGUGUGAAGAGGGCGCUGUGGGGACACAUGUUCAAGUCCAGAUGUUGCAGACCACGGGAGGAGUCUGAGAGCCAGCUGCUGGACCUGGCCAGUCUGGAGGUGGCCAACCAGGUCAACACCACUCUGUCCCAGGACCAGGACCAGGAGGACCAGCAGAAGGCACGAACUACAGAGCCUCAGGAGGAGGUCACCAAGUCCCAGCGUCUGAGGAUCAUGGAGGCUCUGAGGAAGUACUGCCCAUGUCUUUGUCCUCAGUCCAGCCCUGGACCUCAGGACAGGUCUCUGAGGUCCACGGAACAACCUGGACUGGAAGACUACAGCCAGGACCCACUGAGGUCCACUGAGCAGGACUACAGCCAGGACCUCCAUCAGGACCUCCAUCAGGACCUCCAGCAGGAGAAGCAGCAGGCUCAGAUGCAGCAGUCCUCUUCGUACAGUCUGACAGCAGACCCUGUGAGAGUGAGGGACCUCCUGGAGCUGGAGGCUGUGAAGAUGAGCGGAGAUGAUCUGAGUGAGGCUUCCCUGGUCCAGAGGAGCCCAGACACAGCUCCUGCUGAGCUCCUCCUGGAGGAGAGACUUGGUGAAGGAGGUCCUUUAGAAGCGGUCCUCGUUCAGGACACAAAGACUGAGGCCCGACCUCAGAAGAACAAGUUCCUCUGUCGCUCCUGCUGCGCUAGCAACUGUCUGAAGAAACUAGCAAGAAAACUGUGUGGUCCCACACUGACCACUCCCCCCAGAGACACUCUGCAGGAGGCCUCUGUGCCUGAGGAGGUGAAGCUGAAGGAGGAGGAGGAGGUGAAGCUGAAGGAGGAGGAGGUGAAGCUGAAGGAGGAGGAGCCUGAGCUGGACGAGAAGGCUCAGGCCCUGGAGGAGUUCGCUCUGCUGCUGGCAAACCCCCAGAAGGAGGUCCAGUGUGUCCCUGGAGGUCCCUUUGAGCAGGAGGUCCAGUGUGUCCCUGGAGGUCCCUUUAAGCAGGAGGUCCAGUGUGUCCCUGGAGGUCCCUUUGAGCAGGAGGUCCAGUGUGUCGCCGGAGGUCCCUCUGAGCAGUGGGACCUCCCCCACGUGGUGGGCCUGGUGUACGAGCUGGUGUCCCGCAUCCUGCAGACCAACAAGUUUGUGGAUCUGAAGGAUCUGUCUGCGGCUCUGCUGCAGAAGCUGCAUCAGCAGAUGAAAGACUGGAAGAUCAAAGUCAAAGCGGACACUGUCCACAUCAAAGAGGUGUCCAAGCGGGUGUACAGGGACCUCUGCUUGGGACGCCCCAGGAACUGGGUCACUCUGGACAGUCUGAUCCGACAGGACUACCUCGAAGAGAUCGUCCUCACCAUCCGCAGGUAUCUGGUCUAA